AUGGUCAAUUUUGAGCCGUCGCAGCCAAGGACUGCCUUCUCCUUGCGCAAAUUCAAGGCGUCUCUGAAGCCUAAUGUCCCUUGGAGCCAUGUCAUCGGCCCUAACCCUUUGAAGGUUGUUUUCAUUUUGGAACAACUAGGUUUCCUAUACGAGCAGAAAUACCUCCCAAUGGACGAGAUGAAGAAGGAGCCAUUUGUGAACAUCAAUCCGAAUGGCCGGAUCCCCGCGAUCGAAGACCCCAAUGCUGCAAUCACCUUAUGGGAAUCGGGCGCCAUCCUCGAAUGCUUGGUCGAAGCGUACAAUAAACAGAACGCCAUCAGUUUUCCCGCCGGCACUCCAGAGUACUUGCAUGCUAAGCAGUGGCUCCAUUUCCAAAUGUCCGGCCAGGGGCCAUACUUUGGCCAAGCAGUGUGA